CUUUCUUUCUCUUUUUUCACAGCUGCAUAAAAUGAAUACAAAAGAGAAUUGUCCUGCUUGCCAAUCUCACUCAGUUGAUUUUCAGUGGCAAACACAGCAUACAAAAACUAAACACAUGUUUCAUUUGAUAAAAGAAAAGAAAGAUUUACGUCAGAUAGAAAAACAGAUGCGCACUCUAUCUCUUUAUUCUUCUCGAAAGAUACACAAAAAAGUCAGCAAGUUGAAAUAUAAACUGAUUGUUUUGAAAGAGUUUACAGUUGUAUCAUCUUUGGCACCAUUUGGGUACACUGAAGACUAUAUCAAUGACUAUUAUUAAAAAAUAAAAAAGG